GAAGAAGAAGCAACAGCAGAAUCUUUCAGAAUCAGGUGUGCCGUGAAUGUGAUGGGUAUGAUGCGGUUGACACGUAAAUAAUUUGUUUCUCAAUGCUUUGAAUGAAAUUUUGUAAUUUAUUUGUGUUUUGUAAAUAAAAUCAUAUGCAAAAUCACCUCCAAAUUUAAUGUCCCACGGAAGGCUGUGAUGGUGCCAAGACUACCCCGACAUAUCCUCAGGUUGUGAUGUAGUGUAGUGACCAUGUUCCGGACCAAAGUGCGUAUCCAUACAUGUAAGGUGAUCUUGGUGACAUCACUGGUGUGGUUUCUCGUGGACGUGGUGGUGCUGACGUUCUACUCGGAUUGUGUGGGGCGUGGUGGGUGGGGGCGGGGGUGGUGUGGUGUGCCCGAGCCUCCUACCCCACAGGCUCUAGUGGCCACCAGUAGCGGGGAGACGGCCACCAGCAGCAAGGGGCGGGGCAAUCUCCAUGAGCUCAUGCGAGACCGUGGCAAGAAGACCUACUCCCCGUGGGAGCUGAUGAAGUGGAAACCUGCCCCCUCUGUCAAAGAACAGGUUGGCAAACCUGGAGAGCUGGGCAAGGCAGUCAACAUCCCAGCUGACCAGGAGAGCAUCAUGAAGGAGAAGUUCAAGUUGAACCAGUUCAAUAUCCUAGCAAGCGACAUGAUCUCACUCAACCGUUCUCUGCAGGAUGUCCGGCAAGAAGGAUGCAAGGACAAGACAUAUCCCAGCUUGCUACCCACCACGUCUAUUGUGAUAGUGUUUCACAACGAGGCAUGGUCUACCCUUCUACGUACCGUAUGGAGUGUCAUCAAUCGUUCUCCGAAACCUCUCCUCAGGGAGAUCAUACUGGUUGAUGACGCCAGCGAGAGAGAACACCUGGGCCAGCAGCUGGAGGACUAUGUGGCUACGCUGCCAGUCACUGUCAAAGUGUUACGGACUGAGAAAAGGUCCGGGCUAAUCCGAGCCCGGUUGCUGGGAGCCAAGCAUGUCAGGGGUCAAGUCAUCACCUUCCUGGACGCUCACUGUGAAUGUACCGAGGGUUGGCUGGAACCUCUGCUGUCUAGAAUAGCCAUGGACAGAAAAACUGUGGUGUGCCCCAUCAUCGAUGUGAUAUCGGAUGAGACCUUCGAGUACAUCACAGCCUCGGAUAUGACAUGGGGAGGGUUCAACUGGAAGCUUAACUUUAGGUGGUACCGGGUGCCCCAGAGAGAGAUGGCAAGGAGAGGUGGUGACAGGACAGCACCACUACGCACUCCCACCAUGGCAGGAGGGCUGUUUUCCAUAGACAAGGAUUACUUCUAUGAGUUGGGGGCGUAUGAUGAGGGCAUGGAUAUUUGGGGUGGAGAGAACCUGGAGAUGAGUUUUCGGAUCUGGAUGUGCGGGGGGGUGCUGGAGAUCUGCACCUGCUCGCACGUGGGCCACGUGUUCCGCAAGUCCACCCCCUACAGCUUCCCUGGCGGGACCAGCAAAGUGGUCAACCACAACAAUGCCCGGCUGGCCGAGGUGUGGCUUGACGACUGGAAACACUUUUACUACAGCAUUAACCCAGGAGCAGCUAAUGUGGACGUGGGAGAUGUGACAGAACGAAGGCAACUACGAGAACAACUCGGUUGCAAGAGUUUCCGUUGGUAUCUGGAAAACAUUUACCCAGAGUCCCAGAUGCCACUUGAUUACUUCUACUUGGGAGAGGUAAGAAAUGCAGAAACCCAGAACUGCUUGGACACAAUGAGCCGCAAAAGUGGGGAGAAUGUCGGCAUGAGCUACUGUCAUGGAUUGGGUGGCAAUCAGGUGUUUGCUUACACCAAGCGGCAACAAAUCAUGUCGGAUGACAACUGUCUCGACGCGUCUCAACACGAUGGUCCUGUCAAACUGGUCAGGUGUCAUGGCAUGGGUGGCAACCAAGCCUGGAUUUACAGUGAGAAGGAGAGAACAAUAAAGCAUGUGAACACAGAACAGUGCCUGCAGAAACCAGAGCCGCGCAGCCCAUCCACACCACUCCUGCGCAACUGUGACAGCAGCAUAGGUCAGGAGUGGAUCAUGAAGAGUAAAUUCAAGUGGCAGGCUUCGUAGACAAGCCACAAUCCAACGCUCCCCCAGGCAUAGAACUACAGACAGAUUCUACAAGAGCCAUUCCUCCCUUUCGCCAAAUAAAAUUACAACACAUCAGAAUGGCGUUGUCAACUCAAGAGAAAAUGUCGGAAAGAUGAAUUGCUUUUUUUUAUUGUAGUUUUAUUAUACCAAUACAUAAAUUUUCUUAAAUUUUGCAACAUGUAACAAAUCAGGAGUUAAUUGAGGAGUCAGUGCAAAAAUAAAUGCAAUAAGUAAAAUAUUUGUAUAUUUACAAUGUUUGAAAAUUUUAAUUUUAAGAGUUAUUUUUUUAUUACGUUUUACUUCUUGAUGCCUCAAUUAGCUGAAUUUGAAUAUGAUUAUAUCAAAUACUAAAUAGAUAUUAUCAGUCUAAAAUCGUAUUUUGGUAAAAAAUAACUGUAAAAAUUAAAUAAAUAUUUAUCAUGAGCUUUUUAAAAAUAGGAAUUUUUUAUAGUUAAUACAUUUGUUGAUAUAUAUUUAAAUAGGUAACUCUUUGUUUGUUGUGAUUGAUGACAACAGGCAGGAAUACCACACACCAUUCUACCAAUUAUGAGUGUUGGAUUGUGAAUAUUUAUGAAAAAAUGCCUUACAUUACAAAAACGCUAACAUCGUUGGCAGGCAGUUAUGAGAGAUGAACUCCUCCUAUGUUUGGUAUGUGUCAAUGUACGUUAUGUUAUGUAUGUGGUAUGUGCUCCUUUAGUUUUAUACAAGAAUCACCCCUGCCCUUCCCUCCUCCUACAUAUCACUUUGGCCUUUGGCCUUUAAACCGUGCAAUCUUGUACACUUGUUAUAAAUUACAUGAACAAAUUUUUACUUAAAUGGCUUGUAUCAUAUCUUGGAUGUACUUAGAUUGUGAUGUAUCAGUAUUUUGUUAUAUAUCUUAAAUGGAAAUUGCAAAGUUUAUGAAUGUUUUUAUCGGUAGUUUUGUGUGUGUUGCUAUAUUUAUACCAUCAGUAUUUUAAAUGUCUUUUGUAUGAGAAAACAUCGGAAUGGUGAACCUUGACUGCAGUUUUUCUUACUCCCAUUCCACAUCAUAAGACUUUUUGUAGUAAUUUUUGGGAUAUUUAAUUGCAUAAUACACCUUUUUGUUAAUAUGUAUAAAAGUGUUUAAGAUUUAUUUUUUAAUUUUAAUUUUUGUGCCACUUGCAUUUAAUAUGUCUUCAUCCUUGAGACAUAACUCGUUUGCAGUCUUAAUAUUAUAAUGCUAUAAAUUAAGACAAUACAAUGCUACUAAUGUUUCAAUUUAAAAAUUGUUCAUAUAUUAUCGUAAAUUUACAUUUGUAAGUAUCGUACUUGUAUUUGAAGUUUGCAGACCUGCGUUACACUGUUGAGGGAUGCAGUCUGGUACCAAACUUGUAACCAGUAGCUACAAACUUUUUCGAAAUUUUGCAGAUUCUAGUUUCGUGCUAACUUAAUGUACACAUUACAAAGUGCCUUCGCAUAUUGCCAUAACAAAGAAACAUAAUAUCUUGCUUUAACCUCGGUUUAUUUUAUCAAAUUUUUUAAAAUAUUUAUUUUAGAGCUUAAAAAGCGAGGGAUAAUCAUGUUGGUUGUUUAGGAAGAACAUAUCUAUGGAACUGAUGAAAUUGUUUCGUUGUAGUUGUUGCUUAGUUUAUUUUAUAAAAACUAUUUAUUUUAUUAAAUCUGUACCACAGAGAAAUGAUUUUAUCAAAUGUCAUAUCCACUGUUUGAAAUAUGAAGCUCAAUUUGUUGUAAUUUAUACAAAUUAAAUGUUACUUUUACUUUUGGCAUGGUUAGUGUAGUACCCGGUGACCUUUCAUCAUAUAUUAUUCUCAUAAUUCAGAAUGUAAAUGGCUUUGUAUUAUUACAGAACAAUUUGUAACUAACAGUUAAUUGCAAUAUUCACUUUUUCAGAGGAGAUAAAUCUCCCGAUUUGCUAUAUUGACUUGUGAAGAAAUAAAAUAGCUAGUUUUAUGUUGUGAUAAAUUUUUAUUUAAAUACAUUGUUUGAUUUAUGUUAGCAAAGUUUUUCAAUAUUUUAUGGUUGUGUAAUUUUUACUCUAGUUGGUUAAAAUCAUGCUGGAACAUCUUGUAGUUUUAACUUUUUGAUUCUCAUUAAAUUUGUAAACUAAUAAAAUGUGAUAAGUAAUGAAUCAAGAUUUUGUUGAAUACAACAGCUCUCUACUAGAUCAAAUCUGUCAAUAGAUAUAUCAAUUCGUGUGAGGUGUAUUAAUAUUUAAAGUCAAAAGGAACGCAAAUAGUAUAAAUGUUAUUCAUUGAACAAAAGUAAAGCUAAACACUAUUAUAAAGUUUGAAUUUUUAUUGAAAACACAAAAAUGGAUCUGUGAUAAUUCUGUUGAACAUAAUUUAUUUAUUUUUUAUCGUUAAACUCUAUGAAGCACAUGUAGUAGCAACAGUGUCUAUGUUAUAUAUAUUUGAAGAACGUUGAACCUCUUCCCGAAAGUAAGUAAGUACUUAAUAUCAUAUAUGAGCGCAAUAUAUUUAUAUGGAGUAACACUUUUUGUAUGUUAACCCUUAAAUGUAAUAAAGUAACUAGGAGAUACUGUAUGUACUUUGACAUUCCUUAGAAAAAAUGUUGUUUUUUUAUUAUGUAUAUAAAUAAGACACUUGUUACUUUUUAAA